AUGAACUGUGAUGGGGCCUUUGAUGCUCGGACUCAUAAGGCUAGAUUUGGGAUAGUUUGUAGAAACCACGAAGGGGAAUACAUUCAUGGAUGGGCUGAAAGCAUGCAAGCUGAUUCUGCUUUCUUCGUUGAACUCUUGGCAGUGAAGAAGGCGGUUUUGCUUAGUGAUUUGUGGGAAGGUACUCCUAUAACUUUUGAGACUGAUUGUGCUGAUGUCUUCAAUGCUGUCCAGUGGCGAAAAAACUCAGCAUGCCCCUGGAAGGACCAUGAGGUUUUGUCAGAUGUGCUUGAAUUGAUUGUGGACAGAAGAUUGAUCUCUAUGUCUCUCAUUUCUUGCAAGAGAAAUUAUGUAGCCGACUGUUUAGCUGCCUUAGCUUCAAGGGAGUUGGGACCUCAGGGUCUAGUUUCUGUAUCGCCACCUCCUCUAGCUCUUAUCAUUCUUCAGGAAGCAACCACGAAUAGUACCCUUGAUAAUGACCAGCAUUUCUAG